AUGGACCCUCGAAGCAGGGCCCGAGAUAGGGGCGGCGGGAGCGGCUACGACGAUCCCCGCAACCGCGGCUACCGCGACGCCCGCGACGACGCGCCGCCGCCCAGCAUGCACGGCCCCGGCCCCGCGGGCGCCGAUCGCUUCCACCCCUACGGAGCCGGCGGAGGAGGUCACGGCGGCGGCCGUAACCUCGGCCCGCUGCCCCCGCCGCCCGGCGUCGGCGGCGGCGCCCGCGGUGGCUACGGCAACGACGGCGGCUACGGCGACGGCGGCGGCUACGGCGGGGGGGAUCCGAGGAUGACGCGGGGCGGAGGCGGAGGUCCCCCGCCUCCGCCCGCCGCCGUCGGCCUACCCCCCAACCUCGAUCUCCAGGGCAUCCUCAACUCCGUCCAGGCGGCGACGCAGGGCGGACAGGGCGGCGGCCCACCCCCGGCCCCCCCCGCGCAGGGCGGAUACGGCGGGUACGACGGCCGAGGGCAGGGAGGGCACGAUCCCAGGUACGGGCCGGCGAUGACCGGAGGCCAUCCCCCGCCGCCCCCCGUCGGCUACGGCGGCGGCUACGGCGGCUCGUACCACGAUCAGGGCGCCCCGCGCGGCGGACCACCCCCGCCACCCGGGGGCUACGCGUCCGCCGGGGGCGCCCUUCCCCGCGGCGGCGGGGGCGGGCCAGCCGGCGUGACCCACGAUCAGCCCCUGCCGGGAUCGGCCAGGGAGGAGGUUAUGUGUCCCGCGUCGUGCGCGGGGAAGAUCAUCGGGCACGGCGGCGACACCAUCAUGUCCAUACAGAAGAAGAGCGGGGCGCACGUGAAGAUCCAGCCCGCACACGAGGUACCCGCGGGGGCGCCGAGGCGCAUCGACAUCUCCGGCGCCGCCGGCCCAGUCGCCGACGCGUUGCAGAUGGUCAACGACAUCCUUCGCGAGAGCGCCAUCGGAGGAUCCGGAGGAGGAUCCGGAGGCGGAGGCGGAUCACGCGGAGGAGGAGGAUCCGGCGGCGGCGCGUCCGUGGAGCUCGACGUCCCGGUCCCGGCGGAGAUGCUCGGCCGCGUCAUCGGCCGCGGCGGCGAGACCAUCCGGAGGCUCCAGGAGGAAUCAGGCGCUCGCAUCCAGGUUGAACGAGACGCCAAUCGAGUCGUCAUUAGAGGAUCAGCCGACAAUGCGCAACGGGCGAAAGAACUGGUGCUGGACAUCGUCAACACGCCCCCCGGGCAGGCGUCCGCGUCCGGGAUCAAGAACGAUUUCGUUCGACACGUCAUGCCCGCGGGCGGGUGCGAGGGUAAGAUCAUCGGCAAAGGCGGGGAUUCGAUCCGCGAGCUGUGCGCUCGAACCGGCGCCAAGAUUCAGAUUGACAAAGACGCGGCGACGGUGACGAUCCAGGGGAAGCAGGAGCAGGUGGACGCCGCCAUCGCGCUGGUGCAGGCCAUCAUAGACGAGGGACCGCAGAUUUACAUGCGCCCGGGCGGGAACCCGGGCGAGGAGAGCCGGCCGUACGUGCCCCGGUCGCAGAUGGGAGGAGGAUACGGCCAGGAUACAGCUGCGGGCGACGGCACAGCUGUGGGUGACGCGGGCGUGCCGAAGCCGCUGUGGGAGACGCACAAGAGCCCCGAGGGGUACACGUACUACUACAACACGACGACGGGCGAGACGACGUGGGAUCAGCCCGAGGAUUACGACGGCGUGUCGUGA